UGCGUCUAUCUCUCGACAAGUGAGGGUGUACCUUUUGUAACCAUACCAUACAGUGUGUAGUGCUCAAUUGAGGGCCCAUUGUGAGUCACUCUAUCGCGCAAACACUCCUCGAGCGCAAAUUGAAAGAAAACGAGCCACAAGAAUUGGCACAACCCCAGCCACGUCUCAAUCGUCUUCUGCAAUUGCUGGUCGCGAGUGAAAUUUGCCAAGGAGUCCCAUCCUGCGGGCAUUUGUGCGCUUUUGUGGAUAAAAUUUGAAUAUUUGGACUUUACACACAGAUAAAAGCGAAAAUGUCUAUUUCGGAUUUUCGGAAAAAGAAGCUUCUGUACGUGUUCAAUGUUUUCUUCGACGUCAAUCAGAGUGGAGAAAUCGACAUCAAAGACUUUGAGCAGGCCAUUGAAAAAAUAUGCACGCUUCGUGGAUGGCCGGCUGGUUCAGCUAAAAGCACAGAGAUUCAUGAAUCAAUGAUAAAAAUCUGGGAAGGACUACGUUCCAAAGCAGACAAGGAUAACGAUGGUCAGGUGUCCGUGGAAGAGUGGUGUAAUAUGUGGGACGCAUACGCAAAGGAUCCCAGCACUGUAAUGGAUUGGCAGCAUAGAUACAUGAACUUCAUGUUUGAUUUGGAGGAUGCUUCCAAUGACGGCACAAUUGAUGCCAGGGAGUUUGCAACAGUUUGCUCAAGUUACGGCACAGACAAGCAGGAAUGUGAGGAAGCAUUUGCAAAAAUGUCCAAGGGCGCCGAGGAGGUGACUCGUGAGGAAUUUGCUGAGUUGUGGCGUGAAUACUUUGCAUCGGAGGACCCGUCUGCCCCGGGAAACUACAUUUUUGGAAAUUUGUCUUUCUAAAUCAAAAAGCAGCGGAGAUUUUUGAGCAUUCACCAUUGGUCAAUAAGGAAUCACAAAGAAACGAAUAUUCAUUAAAAAGGAAAAUAGUGAGAUAAAUUAGAUAAACUGCCAGAGAGUAAUUCUUCCUGUUCACUUUCUCAAAUUUUACAAUCAGUUCUGAAGAUGAAAAAUAAUUCAAGUGAAAGAGAAUUAUCACUUUUCUCCAAGUAUAUUUUCUGCCUGAUGCAAGCCCAAGGAUGUAACUUUCACAUUCCUGAUAUUCAUAUUAAUAUAUAUUAUAUAUUAUAUAUUUACUCUUCAAUUUCAAAACUCCACGAUCGUGAAAAUGCGGAGUAAUUGGUGCGCAGUAGGAAAAAACAGUGUUUCUUCUUCAAUCUAAUCUUAGCAAAAAAAUCUGACGAUUGAGAAUUUUUUGUUAGAAAAGAAUUAGGUGUGAUAUAAUUAGAUUGGAAUCUUUGUAACAUUUCACAUUCUUGUACUAUCUCUUAAAAGUCUCUAUGAAAGAAGAAAAAAAAGAAGAACAACAGCAACUUUCUCUGCAAGUGCGAGAAAGUAUAAUUUUAUGAUCGAACUAUAUAGUCAAUACAAUUGUUGUGCAUUGCAAUACAUCUUUUUUAAAUUUGUGAACGGAACAAGGGAUGAAUUUAAAGUGAAAAUAUGAAAAAUAAUCUCAAUUAAGAUGAAGCACAAAAUAUAUUAUGAGGAAUUGUUGAUAGUGUAUAGAGUUGAAGGUGGCGAACAGUUUCACAAAACAUUGUCAGGAAUUAAAAGUAUGAUAUACUUUAGCAAAAAAAAAUUGAUGAAACUUAAACAAAUAUAUGACUGUUUGGUGUUACACAUUUUCUCAGAUGAACUCCAGCUGCGAUUGGAAUUAACUUUAACUUCUGCGAAAUGAGAAAAAGUAGCAGAAAUCCACAUCUCUUCACUUCAACUGAUUCAAAAGAAGAAUUGAGAAACAAUAGUAUGAACUUUGUGACUAAAACAAAAUGCUCUUUCAAUCAAAAGUUACUGUGAAAGUAUCCAAACACACACAAAAAAAAUCUAACCUCUUCAUGGAUAAAAAUCAAUUGUAUUCGUCUGUAGACAGUAUAUUCGAGCGUUAUCACAAUUGUACGGGGAAAGUCCACUCAAUUUAAUUAAUCGAAGAAUUGUGGAUUUGUUAGGAUGACGGGUAAAUUGUAUGUGACGUUUCGUGAAGCAUUGUAAAGUUGUGAAAACUAUUCUUCGAUAUGAUAAUAAAUAAAGUAAAAUUUAUUGGAUGCAAAAAA